AUGGAGAAUUCGACUUUCGAUACAACAAAUUGCAGCAAUCUCAUUCACGAAUUGCUACAAAAACAGAGGCAAAUUGAGACUGAAUUUGAAAUCGAUUUAAAUCGAUCGAUUAUAGAAGAAGAAGAAACUAAUUGUUUUGGAGAUGAAUUCGUACCAAUAUUCAACAAUCCAGACAAUGCAGAUGAAGCAAUUGAGAAUGCAGAAGACGCAAUUCACAAUGCAGAAAAUCAAGUGUUACCCUAUUUAUGCUCAAAUAUUACACUCAGAUUGUAUGCUGAAAAUUCAGAUUAUACAAAUCCAAUUGAUGCUUAUGGUUUAGAUCUUAGAGGAUCAUUUGUUGGUGUGGUAAGAGAAACUUUUGAAGAAAUUUUGGAAUUGUAUGAAAAACAUGCUGCUAUACUGGGGUUUUCAAUAAGAAAACAUACAACUAGAUUCAAACAACACACAAAAAUAGUAACUGAGAAAAACUAUGUGUGUUCUGUUGAGGGAAAGAGACAUUCAGGUCAGAAGAAAACAAAGUUAGUUGAAAUGGUUGAUGAAGAGGAUGUAAAUGUAAAAACAAGAAAGCCAAGACAAGUAUCCAUUACAAGAUCAAAUUGCAAGGCAUGCAUAAGAGCAAAAGUGAAUAAAGAAGGACAGUUUGAGGUGGUGGCUCAUGUUAUUCAGCAUAACCACGAGCUAACAAAGCCACAGUGGCAUUAUUUCCAUCGUUCUGAAAGAAAAAUGACAGAGGAAAAAGUUGUAACAAUCAAAACAAUGAAAUCUUCAGGUCUAACUACAAUGGACACUUACAAUUACAUGGCUACAGAGGCUGGAGGAGAACAGGAUAUAGGCCAUAGUGUUGUAGAUCACCUGAAUUUCUGCUCAAGGUUAAGAAUGGAACAAAUUGAGGCUGGAGAUGCUCAAACUUUAGUGAACAUUUUAAGUCAGGAACAAUCAGAGGAUCCAAACUUCUUUUUUAGAGUGAAGUUUGACAAAGAAGGAAGAAUUUGCAAUAUCUUUUGGAGAGAUUCAAUGAUUCUAGAAGACUAUAGGAUAUAUGGAGAUGUUCUUGUCUUUGAUACAACAUACAGAACCAACAGAUAUAAUCUUAUAUGUGCUCCAUUUGUUGGCAUAAAUAACCACUGGCAUAAUUGUAUGUUUGCUUGUGCUUUUAUUGGGGAUGAAACGACAAAUUCAUUUGUGUGGUUACUACAAACCUUCUUUAAAGUUAUGGAGGAUAGAAAACCAACUUCAAUAGUCACUGACCAGGACUAA